GGAGGUCAGAGAGCUUUGGGGCCUACAUUAUGGCGGGAGUGGAAGGAGAGCGCUCCUUCCUAUGUGCCCUGAAGCAUUGAGCUACCACGAAGUGCAGGACCCAACGCUUGAGCUCGCCGUUCCCCGAUUCCUUGCAGGGAACUCUUAGCUUAUGGACUUGAUAUGUCUGGUCAGAGAAAAAGGGAUGUGUAGCUGUGCAGCGGAAAAGUUGAACUUCCAGGCCCCUGGCACUGCCUUCCCCACAAUGGCAGACAUGGUGGCUGAGGUGGCUGACAUGGCCGAGAUGUCGACACAGAUGUCACCAGAGGCAAUGGAGAUGUCAAUACCAAUGUUCAGGGAGCUAACAGAGAUGUCAGCAGAGGUGGCUGAGAUGAAACCUGGGGAGGCCCUCUCCUCAUCCCUCUUUUUCCAGCACCACCAAUUCAUGUGCUCUGAGUGUGGCAACCUCUACAACACACUGGAGGAAGUCAUCUCACACCAGGAGCAGCAUGUACCCAUUGUAACAGAGGAGGAGGCACUGACCACCCAGGAUGCUGGCCCGGAGCCAGAGCUAGUGCCAGGUACUGAGGAUGGGCCUUUCCAGUGUGGUGAAUGCAGCCAGCUCAUCCUCUCCCGUGGUGAGCUCCUGGCUCACCAGGACGCCCACCUCCAGGAGUCUGCAAGCCAGAUCCAGUACCAGUGUGGGGACUGCCAGCAGCUGUUCCCCUCACCUGAGUUGUGGGUGGCUCAUCGGAAGGCCCAGCACCUUUCUACUGCAGCAGCUGGACCACCAGUGCCGCCACCUCCCCCUCCCCCAGCACCACCACCUCUACCCCCUGAUCCACCUGGAGUCAAGAUGGAGCCCUACGAGUGUCCUGAGUGCUGUACCCUCUGUGCCACCCCUGAGGAGUUUUUGGAGCAUCAGGGAACCCAUUUUGAUUCCCUAGAAAAAGAGGAAUGCAAUGGCCUAGAGGAAGAUGAAGAGGAUGAAGAAGAUGAUGAAACAGAGGAGGAAGGGUUGGCAGCAGAGGUUGGUGAUGAUGUUAUAGGAGGCGACAAGUCCACAGCCAGCCGGGCCCAGAGCUGUGGGGAUUGUCACCAACACUGGACCUCAUCAGGGGCACGCCGGCAACACCGGCGAGUGUCCCAUGGGCCAGGGUCAACAACCCAUCCCUUCCGCUGCAGCCAGUGCCAGCGCUGCUUCAGCUCAGCAAACCGGCUGCUGGCUCACGGGCGGGCCCAUGUUGGUGGCACACACGAGUGUACCACCUGCUUCAAGGUCUUCAAGAAAGCAGCCUCCCUGGAGCAGCACCUGAGGCUGCACCGUGGGGAAGCCCGCUAUCUCUGUGUGGACUGCGGUCGCGGCUUCAGCACAGAACUCACACUGGUGGCCCACCGGCGGGCCCACACAGCCAACCCAUUACAUCGCUGCCGCUGUGGCAAGACAUUCAGCAAUAUGACCAAGUUUCUCUACCACAGGCGCACCCACGCCGGCAAGAGCGGGGCGCCUCCUGCCACCGCAGCAGCCUCUCUAGCUCCAGCUGAGCCCAUACCCCCACCAGCGUCCCCUACCCCGCCUGCCCAGCUGCCCUGUCCGCAGUGCUCCAAGUCCUUUGCCUCAGCCUCCCGCCUCUCCCGGCACCGCCGCACGGUCCACGGGCCCCCCGAGCGGCGACACUGCUGCGGGGUUUGCGGCAAGGGCUUCAAGAAGCUGGUCCAUGUGCACAACCACCUACGGACACACACAGGUGAGAGGCCCUUCCAGUGCCAUUCCUGUGGCAAGACCUUUGCUUCUCUGGCCAAUCUCAGUCGCCACCAACUGACCCACACAGGGGUGCGUCCCUAUCAAUGUCUAGACUGCGGCAAACGGUUUACACAGAGCUCCAACCUGCAGCAACACCGGAGGCUGCACCUGCGGCCGGUGGCCUUCGCUCGUGCUCCCCGCCUCCCCAUCACUGGUCUCUACAACAAGAGCCCCUACUACUGCGGGACAUGCGGCCGCUGGUUUCGUGCCAUGGCGGGCCUGCGCCUGCAUCAGCGGGUCCAUGCCCGCACUCGGAUGAUGACCCUGCAGCCCAGAUCACCACCUCCCGCUCCAUCCCCGGCCCCCCAGCCUCAGCAGACUAUCAUGUGCACUGAGCUUGGGGAGACCAUCGCCAUCAUUGAGACAUCCCAGCCCCUGGCACUUGAGGACACACUGCAGCUGUGCCAGGCAGCGCUGGGAGCCAGCGAAGCGAGCGGGCUGUUGCAGUUGGACACAGCUUUCGUGUGACACCACAAAGAGCAAUAAUAAAACAGUUUGAUUGCAACAGCAAGUAUGAGCACCUCUGGGGAGGAAGGGGACCACCCCCCGGCAAGCCACUCUGGCACCCACUGGGUGCCAGGAUCCACCCUAGCCUGUUACCCACUAACUCCUCAGAACAGCCCUGCCAGGUUUCUCUUGUCUCCUUUCUCUGCCUGAAGGAAAACUGAAGCCUUGGGACGUGAUAAGAUCUGUCCCAGGUCACCCACAAAGCAGGGUUUGCCAGGGUUCUUUGUGUGACCCUGGGCUGUGUGCUCAGGUACGUGCCCCAUAUGUCUUCGGGUCCUCUGCUGUUCCCCCGGCCUACAGCUUCCUUGGACCUCAGCACCCAGGACGCGGCGCUGCCCAGGAGGAACACACUUGACUUGUCUGGGCUUCCUUAAUCUCACUUUCAACGAUGUGGAAGGAAACCUCUAGGUUCCCAGGUGGGGCUCAGGUGAAGAUGCGAUGCUGGAGACCCAGGACCGAGUCAGACGCGGGCUGUGCCCAGGAGGCCUGCAGUGUGGUAGGAGGAACACGCACAAGUACAGAUGGCCUUACUAAGUGUGCUUCGUUGAUUCUUUCAUCUGGGGUGUCCUUCCUGAGUGCUGCGCAAUGCUUGGGGCUGGAGACGAGUCAGGCCUCCGCCCUGCCCGAGGGCAGAUGGAUUACAGCUCUGGGUUCCUCAGGGUUGUGGUGAGGAUGCACGUGGACAGUGGGCCCCAGAGCAGGGAACAAAGCUCAGUGGUGGGAGGUCAGGAGUCAGAGACUUAGAGAGGAGGUAGGAAUCUGCUAGCAGGAGAGGAGAACUUCCCAGGCAGACAGCAUGGAGGGUGAGUUCUUACUUGGAGACCAUCCAGUUAUUCAUAAUUACAGUGACAGCGAACAUUUGAGUCCCUUGCCGUGGCAGGCACCAGUUACCACUGUGAUCCCAAUGGGCCUGUGAGGUGAUCUAAGAAUUAUCCCUAUUGUGCAGAUGAGAAAGUGGGCAGACUUGCCCAAGGUCUUACAGGCAGAGGCAUUGCUGAGAUUUUGCACCCAGCCUGUCCCUUCAGCCCGUGUCCAGAACCAGUGAAACCUUUGCACAGGUGGGGGCCUAGGGGAUUCAUUGUAACUGGAGGAAAGGUGAGCUGGUGUCCCAGAGAAGUUGGUGUUUGAAGGGUCUUUCAGAAGGUCAGUGGUCUUGGGAGCAGGAAGGAAUCCCCAACCUUUCCAAAGAUUCCUUUACGGGAUAAUCCAGUCUGUAAACGUGAUAUAUGGCAGGUCAGGCCCAUAUAUCAGGGGCAGGCUCCUCCCAGGCUUCCACAGACCCAGGUCCUCUCACAGGUGAGGCAGAGUGAGGCAGGGCUGUGGCUGUGUGUCUGGGAGGGAGGGCUAGACCUCAGGCCUUCAG